AUGGACGUUGCCUACAAUCAGCAUUCCGACCGCGCGAAGCGGAAGAAUCGAUCAACAACAAAUAUCAACCACCUCUCUCUGGCACCCCUUACCGUCAAGCUACCCAUCAAUGACAGCGAUGCCAUCCCCGACUCUCUUGCCGCCCAGGCCCAUGCGACGUACCUGCAGGGCAAGUCGGCCCCCACGACACCACGACUUCUCUCCCGCGGCUCUGUGACGCCUCGCUCGCGAUCCCACCAUCGGGCCCCUUCGGCACCCAGCGGCCCAUUGUCCAAGAGCAAGUCUUCCACCUACCUCGGCGCUACCGGCUACGGGAAAAAGUCAAGGUCCGGAGCCUCAACUCCCAGACGACGCGAUGUCUUCGGCAAUGCCAAUGGCAACGAAAACGACAGUGACUGGCUCGUGAGGGCCGGAGCGCUGCUCAGCUCCGAGGCCAGGGAAUAUAAAGGCCAGGCUUGGCUCGUGUCAAAGCAGAGCUCAACAAGCCUGGCCGGCAUGCGGGAUGCCGACGAAGAAGCAUUCGAGCGGGAGUUGGCUCGGGAGCGGGAAGUGGCCAGUCAACGCGCAAGCCGUCGUGGUAGCUCAGUCAUGGCCGAUGACGAUGCAACCCCCAAUGGCAGCCGUUUCAACAGCAGGUUCAACAGCAGGAAGCACAGCAUGGCCGAGACACGCAGCCAUUUGGGGACCCCGUUUGAGCGAGCCGCCGCGGAGGGCGACUCCUACUUCCCCAGCAGCCCGGAGGCUGCCAUCGCCGGCCCAGACUUUGUCAACCUGGACGAGAAGCUCGAGGAGCUUGAGCGUGAUACAACACAAGACGAUGAAGCCACUGUGCGGCGACUGGUCCGACACGGCACGGUCGGUCGAGGUUCGUGGAUCAGCAACGUCAUUGGCUGGUCCCUGUUCAGGGUUGACGAAAACGAUGAAGACUCUGAAGACGACGACGAGGACUAUAUCGAUGACGAGGAGUUGGCUCGCACCGGCCGCGGAGGUGGUUCCCACAGGCACUUUGAAGGGAUUCUGCACGCUCCCGUCGAACGAUUACCGCCCCCAAUGUCGGAUGAAGGCGGGUGGAAGGAUGCUGCCUGGCUGCUCAGCGUAGCGUCCAAAGUAAUGUUUUAA